AUGUGGAAGGAGGCCGGACAGGCCCAACAGGAGGCGUCUUCCCGGGAAAAAGAGGUGUGGCAGAGCAAAGGAGCCCGAAAAGAGGGUGGUCUUUGGAGAGGAGCCACGCUGGACUGGUCCUUACGAGAUCACAGAAACAUCACAUCUGGACAAAAGAACGUCACUCUGACAUGUCGAGCUCCUAACAACAACACCAUAAUUAUUGUAGAGUGGAGCAGAGCUGACCUGGGAGAUAAAUAUGUGCUUUUGUACCGGAAUGAGCGCUUUGAUCCAGAUAACCAGCAUCCAUCUUUUAAGAACCGGGUGGAUCUGCAGGACAGACAGAUGAAGGAUGGAGACGUGUCUCUGAUUCUGAAGAAUGUGACGAUUAAUGACACUGGAACAUACGAGUGUCGUGUCAAGAACGAGCUAGACAGUAUGAAGCUCAUCAACAGCAUCGACCUGAUUGUUGUUCCUCCAGACCAGAAAAUCAUCCCAGCGGAGUCUGGACAGAAGAGCAUCAGUCUGCCAUGUCGAGCUCCUAACAGCAAUAUCAGAGUUGUAGAGUGGAGCAGAGCUGACCUGGGAGAGAAAUAUGUGUUUGUGUACCGGGAUGGUCAGUUUGUUCCAGAUGACCAGCAUCCAUCUUUUAAGAACCGGGUGGAUCUGCAGGACAGACAGAUGAAGGAUGGAGACGUGUCUUUGAUUCUGAAGGAUGUGACGACUGCUGAUAGUGGGAUGUACAAGUGUCGUGUCUUAAUGGAGGAAACGGGAUCGUGGGAGCACAGCAGCAUCUACCUGAAUGUUGAUCCUCCAGGUGAGUGA